CUUGUCAAAGAGGGGAAGUUCUUGGCCAGGUCCGCCAGCGGGCAGCUAGCUUUGGUGGAAUCGGAAUCGGACGGACCCCGCCGACGGAAGAGGAAGAAUGGCGAUGCAGAGAGCCGCCGCGGCCGUCGUCGUCGUCCUCCUCCCCCUGCUCGUGGCGGCGGCGCGGACCUCCGCCCUGCCCUUCAUCGUCCUGCACGGGAUUGGGGACCAGUGCGCCAACCAUGGCGUCGCCCAGUUCACAAAACUUCUCGCCGAAUGGUCCGGCUCCGACGGCCACUGCCUAGAAAUCGGGAGCGGAACAUGGGACUCUUGGGUCAUGCCUCUUCAACAACAGGCUGACAUCAUAUGCAACAAGGUCAAGGAAAUGGAGCAGCUGAGAAGCGGCUACAACAUAGUUGGUCUGUCUCAGGGGAACUUGAUUGGUCGAGCAGUGGUUGAGUAUUGUGAUGAUGGACCACCUGUCAAGAAUUUCAUCUCUCUCGGAGGUCCUCAUGCUGGUACUGCUUCAGUACCGCUUUGUGGUUCUGGUAUUUUUUGCAUUAUUGUCGAUGCGCUGAUUAAAUUGGAGAUCUACUCAGACUAUGUGCAGGAACACCUUGCACCUAGUGGUUACCUCAAAAUCCCAACUGACAUGGCAGAUUAUUUGAAGAGUUGCAGGUUUCUUCCAAAACUUAACAAUGAAAUUCCAGAUAAAAGAAAUGCUACCUACAAGGAAAGGUUCAGCAGCCUAGAGAAUUUGGUACUGAUCAUGUUUCAGGAUGAUGCAGUUUUGAUACCUCGGGAAACCGCGUGGUUUGGUUACUAUCCUGAUGGAGCCUUUGAUCCAGUUUUACCCCCUCAGAAGACAAAGCUGUACGAGGAAGACUGGAUUGGUUUGAAGACGUUGGAUGAAGCAGGGCGAGUAAAAUUCAUCUCUGUGGCGGGGGGUCACCUGGGUAUCUCCAAAGGUGACAUGAAGAAGUACAUCGUGCCUUACCUGGCAGACAAGUCAUCGGAUAAGACCCUCCAGUGGAGCAUUUCUGGUUUGCUAGGUGUGACUUGGCACAGCGCCAGGGAAGCGCUGGGGCUGAUGGAGGGUGACAGUGCCGUGCUUUACUCGCCGGCGUUGUGAUGGAUCAUAAUCAUAUUGUGGUAGUCCCUCCCUGCUCUUGCAGGUGGUGUAUAUUGUGGAUUUGCACUCGGGUGCAUUCCAUUUCAAGUCCAGUAGUGGAUUCAUGGCAUGGUGGCAUGAUCACUAGUGCCAUGCCUUGUAUACGUGAAAUAAACAAGUGUACUUAGGAUGCAGCACUGCAAGCAGGGGGACUUUGGGUUGGGUGGGCCACCCUGCAAGAGGCCUUGUCAUGCUUCCAUUCUGGCCAUGAUAUACAGCAUUUCAUUCCA